AUGGGCGGGAGCACCUGGGCACCCCCCUUUUCCCCUCACACCCUCUCUUCCGCCAAAAAACCGUCAAGUCCUCCAAAUGUGCCGCCCUCAACGCUUUUAUGGCGUGCAUGGUGCGCUAGGCGGGCCCGGUCAUGGACAGGGGUGGGGCCCGAGUUGCAAAGAGGGCGACGGCGUCGGCCCUUGACUUGCGCCUCGUCAAGCCUUUCCAGUGCCUCUCCUGUAGACGUCUUCCCUCACCGCCUUUGCACAGUUUGUGUGGGUGCCGUUCUUUGCCCCUCUUUCAAAGUCUUUGAUGACUACUUCGCUUCCGGGGCGCAGACGCAAAAAGUGCACGCCGAUGCAUACUUGCAGUUUGUGCACUCCUUUGGUGCGGACGUGCGCCAGCUGGACCUGGAACGAGUAGUAGCCCUCCUGACGCCGCUUGCAAGACCGAAAGAGGAGGCUGCUGCGGCGGCGCUGCACACGUCAAAGCGGUUGAACGUGUACGACGCAAUGAGGCUGGCGAUCGCGUUGGCGUGCAUAUUCUCGAUGCUUGCAACCCACCCGUCGCGCUCGGCCUUCUCCGCCUUGCGAGGCCCACAUGAACAGCAUACUGGCGACCAAGGCUCCCAGGCAAGGCUCCAGGUCUCGGCGGAUGAGCAUGAAGUAUGGUGCAAGGCGGUGUAGCUUUGCUUUGUGAUACUAUGCGACUUGGUGGAAUCAGAACAGGUGCGUCUCCGCAGCACCCACACGAACGAUGACACCUUAGUUGAUGUGGUCGUUUCCCCUGAUCGAUUCCUCGUGGCAGCGCUGCUCGACAGCUAGGCACGGGGUUGUGCCGUCUUGCUCGAGUCGGCCGAGGUACUGAGGGACACCCGCAACUCUGCCCUGUCGUUGCCUAUGCUUUCAGCUUCCGUCUCUGCGCUUCUUGAAUUCGUGUCACUGCUAUCCGAGACGCUGCCAACUAUGAUAUCGUGGAUGCUGCGAUCUCUCGUUUCAUUAGGGCAACACAACAACGGCGCUAAGGGCGCAAAGCUGGAGCAGCUAGGCCUUCCUCCCUUCGUCGCUCUCUCUGCGCUGUGUCGACGAAGCGGUGCUUGCGCUCCGACGUCAAGACGCUAUAGGCGUACACACGUCUUAUCAACUGAAAUGUCUACCUUUACGACAAUAGACAGAAUGCCGGGGCCACCUCACCAACUUCCAUCGCUCGGUGCCCUUGACCCAAUUGUUCGCGACAUCGUGCUGCGCCUGCACGCGAGACCGUCUGCCAGCGCUGACGGACCGCGGACGGAGGAUGCGGCCAUGCUCCUCGCCGCACUCCUUCAUUUCUACACCAAGACCGUUUCAACUUUAGCGACGCUGCCCGAUGUGUCUAAGGGGACGCUGGACGUGCCGCCGCUCACUGAUCAGCUGCAGUGCACCCUCGCCCCAUACUAUAGCGGCAGAGCAGUGAGUGCACCGAGUGUGAAGCUGACAACUGAUGUAAUGGUGCGCGCUGCGCUCCUGCAUGUGGUGGCGACCCUUGUGUUUAGUUCACGGCUUGCUUUAUGUCGCUUUGGUGCUGCGCUGGCCCAGGUGGCAGAGAGGGCCACCGAGCAAGUGACGAUGGCAACGGCGCCUGUGACGCUGUCAUCGAUGCUGCACGCUCUCGUGGUGCUGUAGCAUGGACAAGGCACUGGCGCGGCGGCCUCAUUGGCACCCACAACCUUCGACACCCCCCUCUUCACCCUGUGCCAUCGGUACCAGCAAUACAUCAGCGUGACUGCGCAGGCAGGCGGACGGCGCGAGGACGCAUCUGGGGCGGUACACGCCUGGUGGCGUGCGUGGCAAGUCGACGCGCAACUCGUCUUCACGGAGGCUGCAAGCAAGGGCAUUCUGAGUGUCGCCAACAAUCUUUUACAGGGCAAUCAUGCAUGUCAGGCACAGCACCUGCUCCCUGCCAACCUAUGUCAUCUCGAGUACCGGGCAUUCUGUGCUGCAGCUGAUCUUCAACUCAUCGCGGAGUCGCAGAUGAGCAGUCCAGCACUGGUACAACUUCAGCCUUACACCACUCGUCACCUGCGCGUGACACUUUUCGGGCAGGUGAUGAUGACUGUUGAUGUGGAGUGUGCCACACGACUCGUGCAAUCAAACGCAACACAGGCGAUCUCGCCGGCAGUUUUUCCUCACAGGGGUGAUUUACGUCGUUUGGCACGCUUUAUCGAUGUGCCCACUUCUCGUCUACUGCACGCCGCGCUGAAGAGGGCUAGCGACGAUUCUGCAAUGGCAUACCGGCUCGGCAACUCUCGAGAGCAGGCGGGUAAAUCUCUUCAUGCUCUAAUCGAGUCGGAGUUGUUCAUUCGCAUUCCCGUGAUCGCUUCCAAGGAAGAGAAUGGCGGAUUGCGACAACGGAUGCUGCAGCGAGUGCAGUACCUUGAGAGCAGCACUCGCAAGGCAGACGCGAUCGCUGUGAUGAAGAUGUGA